GAAGUCCACGAGUCAUAAAAGAGCCAAGGUUGACUACCCCUGCCAUAGAGCUUCGAGUUGGGCGCUGGGCUGGAGUACAAUUAGGAGGUGCAUGAAUCCUGCAUCAAGACAUGUCCGAAGUCAAGCGGAGGAAAGCAAACAUUUCCAAGCCAAAUGAAGAUGAGCAAAAGAAACAAGUUUUCAACAAGAGUACCAAAUCUAUGAGGAUGGAUCUGCAAACAGCUUCAAGUCUGUUAUCUCUUGUUGCCAGUCUAGGGCUAUCAUGGUUUCUUUUCCAGCAGUCUGUUCAGUUGGCUGCUGUAGAGAAGAAAUAUCACAUAUUAAAGGAAGAAGCUGUAAAGUUUCAAGAUAUGGAAAAUAAAAUUAGCACAAUCUCUGAAAAGUGUGAGAUGGUACCAAGUUUGACAAAACAACUGGAAGACCUUAAUAUAAUUCCUCAGAUGAAGCAUCUGCAAAAGGAGAUUAGCAUCAUGCAGAUAAGAUCCAGUCGGUUAAUUCAAGAAGAGGAGGAGCUCCAGCGAAAUUUAACAUCUCUCUUUGAUGCAGUUGCUAAACAUGAGGAAAAAACUAAGGCCAUCUCUGUAAAAAUUGCAGAUGUGAAGACUGACAUUAGACGCAUUUCAGGUCUUCAAACAGAUAUAUCCUUAUUAAUAGAGAAUCUAGAAAUUUUAGAAGACAAGGUAAAUAAAGCUGAAAAGGUCAUAAUACAGAAUAUAGGAGAUCUUCUCACUAGCAGCAUUGACAGGACUAAAAAGCUACAAAAUAUUGCAUCUGAAAAUACCAGAGAGGUAGAGCACAUUAAGGCAAAAUCAUUUGAGCUGAAUGCCAACUUUGCCAAGCAAUUCAAUAAACUUUUAGAAUUGGAAAGUGAUCGAGCUAAAGUUCUGACAACAGUAGCCUUUGCAAAUGAUUUAAAACCUAAAGUUCACAAUUUAAAGAAUGAUUUGGCACAUUUGCUACUUGUAUUAGAUGAAUUAACAUUGCGAAUAGGAAGACUGCUUGGGGAUCUAUUGGAAAACCAGAAGGAACUUGCUCUCCUGAAUAAAAAGUUAUCUAAUUUAACUUCAAUUCAGACUGAAACUGAAUGACAACUAUUUCAAAUAGGAACACAUCUAAGAACAUUUCAGUUCUAACAAAUUAGCGUAGUUUGCUCUAACGAAGUUGGAUGUUAAAUCAUAAUUAAAAAAUCUGCAUAUAGCAAAUUUAAUCUUCAAACGAUGUCUGAAUUAGCCAUUCUUCAAGUGAAAUCAUGAGAUUUUUAAAUUAUCAGGUGAAAAUCCAAAGAUACCUUUAACACUGGUGAAAAUCUGAUACGAUUUAGGUUUGCAUCAUGUGUUUCUGCAAAACAUUCCCAGCAUUUUUGUAAAACAGAAGAGAACAAUAUUGGAGAAUUCAGGUUUUAGUAGUUAGACAAAAUCAUUUGUUAAGCAUUUUCAUAUUAAAAUGUUUUCCUGUGCCAGCUGUAAUUCAUUAACAUGAAAUGGGUGUAAUUUAUUUCUUAUGAUAUGGUAAAAUGCUUUCUAACCAUCCUCAACAAAGAAUGUUCAAGACUUAAAACAGGGGACACCAAUCCCCAGGCUAUAGCCCACUACUGGGCCUCAGCCUGUUUUGAAUCUGGCCAUGUGAGCGCAAUUCCAUUUGCACGAGUGGGGGGAUGAGAGCACUUGCGUGCAAAAUUCCAUUUGUGCACACCUGCUACUCACACAGAACCACUUCCCAUCCGCCAAACACGAAAGGUUGGGGACUGCUGACUUAAAAGAUGUAAUCUUAUAUUUAUGGUUUCCAAAAAUGUAUCUAUGUACUUCUGAAAACUUUAACUUUUCUCUUUAAUUCUGAACUUCAGAACCAAUUUUAAAUAGAUUCUAGUUUUAAAUAUUUUGAUAGUAGAUGACUGUGUAUAGAUUCAUACAUGAUUCAAACGGAAUACUUGAGGUAGGUCUAUUUAUAACAUACAUUUGCAAUUUUUCAUUCUGACUAUUAAUUUGCUUGUGAGAGCCUUAAUGGUAUAGGAUAUUUUCCUGCCUAAUGUAGUUUUUUUCCUUAAGAGGUUUCUCUGGUUAAAAUAUUUUGUUGUAUUGCACCAUUGACAGUAUACAUGAUGAUGAUUAUCCAUUUAGAUCACUGUUUCAAAAAACAUUUAAUUCAUAUUAUA